CACUCCUUGUGCACAUAUACAGUUUCGUGCCUCAUUUCUUCAACAUUUCCUUCACGUAAUCGUCUAAAGCCAAAAAAAAUCAAAUCAAGGACCGAAUAUGUCACCGGAAAUUAUUAUACGCUUGCCGGUAUCUGACACCACCUCCGGCAUGAAUCUUAAAGAGACAGAAUUGACUUUAGCGUUGCCUGGUGAAUCUCGCUCGCUAACGGAGAUCAACGGAGCGAAAAUCGGAACGAAACGUGGAUUUUUGGAGACCGUUGAUUUAAACCUUGGAAGCUCUAGUGUAGUUGAUUGUGGCAGUAAAGAUCAGAAUGACUCGUCGGAAAAUGAUGUCUCAAGCGCCGCCAAGCCACCGGCAGCAAAGGCACAAGUGGUUGGGUGGCCGCCGGUGAGAGCUUACCGCAAAAACGCCAUGAAAAGCUGUAAAUAUGUGAAGGUGGCCGUUGAUGGAGCUCCUUAUCUAAGGAAGGUCGAUCUUGAAAUGUAUAACAGUUAUCAGCAGCUUUUGAGCGCCUUAGAGGACAUGUUCUCUUGUUUGGCCAUAAGAAAUUAUUUGAAUGAGAGGAAAAUAAUGGAUCAAGUGAAUGGAGUUGAAUAUGUGCCUACUUAUGAGGACAAAGAUGGAGAUUGGAUGAUGGUUGGAGAUGUACCAUGGAAAAUGUUUGUUGAAUCAUGCAAGAGAGUAAGGUUAAUGAAAAGCACUGAGACAAUUGGAUUAGGUCCAAGGACACCUUCAAAAUGCUCAAGUUCAAGUGAUUGAGGAUUUGAUUAUCAAGAGAAGAAGAUACAAGUAAUGUACAGAGGCUUUUGUCUUCACUUUUUUACUAGUUGUUUUGGAUUUGCAGAGUUUUUGAGUAGAAACAGAGAAAUAAGAGAAGCCUGCUUGUAAUUUUCUAAAUUGUUGCAUUAUGGUCCUACUCCUAUCUUUGGAAUAGAAGUUGUGGGCUUUUUACCCAUUUUCAGCUUUUUAACCAACACUUGCUGCUGCCUUUUUCUUUGUUUUCCCCAAUUUUUUUGCCUGACACAGAUUGUUAUACUUGAUUAUACAUAAUAUACUCGGUAUAUGUUACUUAUGACUUGUAAGAUUUGGGUUUAUCUUGUUA